UUAUAGCCAGUAACAAACAGUUAAAGGAAUGUUUCCUGUUCAGAGCUGAGCGACAAUUUAACGCAAAGUUAGCCCAUAACACACACGAAGCACUUGUCGUGGUAAGCUGGUUGUCAACCCGGGGUGUGAACUUGAACACGUGGCGUAUAUACAGAUGGAUUUUCGUUUGAGACGCCACCAGUCCUGGGGUAAUGAAGUGAUAAGGAGACGAAGAGCGUUGUUUGUGAUGGCAACAACUGUCAUCUGCUGCAUCACCUACGUCAGAUUCACCCGCGUGUGGUGCUGUCAGAUCUACAGACAUUCUAGUCACCAUGGUAACACACAAACGAAGACUGAUGAGUCUGGCGUAAGUGGACAAGAACUGACGGACGCUAAACUGGAGGCGUUUGUUCGUUCCGGGCAGGUGAUGAAAGAGUAUCAGUUCGUGGUCAAUUCCGAGGUGUGUUCAAGGUCUGGUGUCUCCCAGCCCGUGUACUUGGUAGCCAUAGUUCCAUCUAAACCGUCCAACUUCCAUGAACGCCAAGCAAUACGGCAGACGUGGGGGUCACAGUUCAACAAAAACGAGAAACUGAAACUGAUUUUUCUGUCAGGGCUGGCGGAUGAGGUAACAAACAUGAAACUUUCCAGUGAGCGAGAUACUUUUUCCGAUGUUGUACAAGCAGAUUUCAUCGACUCCUACAAAAAUCUUACACGUAAAACGACCGCCAUGCUGCAGUGGUCAAAACAGUUCUGUCCACAGGCUCGGUACGUGAUGAAAAUUGACGAUGACGUGUUUCUUGAGUCUGCCAAUUUGAUUCGGAUGCUACAGUUAAUGGAAGGUGAAGCACGUGCGAUAAUUGGCUACACCACAGAUACCCGCGAGGCACCAAUCAGAGACAGUUCCAGCAAGUGGCACUUAUCUUAUGAAGAGUAUCCAUUUGAACGCUUCCCAAGGUUCGUUCAUGGACCAUCGUAUGUGAUCUCGGGCGAUCUGGUGACUGAUCUGAACGAGAUUUCCCGUCACGUUACGCGCAUAUAUUUAGAGGACGUAUACGUCACGGGUUUAUGUGCACACAUUGCGAGCGCUACCAUCGUUGGGACAUCUGGUUUAAAUACUGGGCUCAUGUAUUCGCCUGUGUGGUAUAUGAGCGAGUUGGCGGGGACGUCCCACGGGUUCACGCCGCUCACGAUGAGGAGGUUGUGGCGUGUGCUGCAGGCGUGGAGCAGCUGGCGACCUGUUUUCAGAUAUAUAGGCUCCGUUGUCGGCUACUGAAGG